UGGUCUGCAUGAAAUCUAUCAUUUGAUACUUAUUGAGGCCUGCACUGGUUUUAUUAGGUCAUGGCCAUGCCAGAAAGGAAAGGUCCAAGUUCAGUGCUGUGAACCUUUCUGGCUGCCUUCCAUGGAGGAGGCUGGAAUGACCUUUGUCCUGAGGUGACACUCUUCCUUGUUACUGAUUAACCAGCUUUGCAGGAAGGCUACUUCACCAACAACCUGAUCUGCCUGGAGAGCAAUAUCUGGCUGGGCUUAGGUGGGCUGUAAAAAUGUCCACUCGCUACCACCAAGCUGCUAGUGAUAGCUACUUAGAACUUUUGAAAGAGGCUACCAAGAGAGAUCUGAAUCUUUCUGAUGAAGAUGGCAUGACUCCCACACUCCUGGCAGCUUACCAUGGGAAUUUGGAAGCCCUAGAAAUAAUCUGCAGCAGAGGAGGGGACCCUAAUAGAUGUGACAUCUGGGGAAAUACUCCCUUGCAUUAUGCAGCCUCCAAUGGUCAUACCCACUGUGUUUCAUUCCUGGUCAACUUUGGUGCCAACAUCUUUGCCCUGGACAACAACUUACAGUCUCCACUGGAUGCUGCUGCUAGCAGAGAGCAGAAUGAAUGUGUUGCUCUCCUGGAUAAGGCUGCCACUGCCCAGAACAUCAUGAGCCCCAAGAAAGUUACCAGGCUGAAGGAGCAGGCUCAGAAGAAUGCCAGGAGGCAGAUCAAAGAGUGCGAGAGGCUCCAAGAGAAGCACCAACAUAAGAUGGCUCGCACCUAUAGCAAGGAGGAAUCUGGGACUCUUUCUUCUUCCAAGGCUACUUUCUCCAGGUCAUCCCUUUCAAAUGCUUCUGCUUCUGGUACAUUUGGGUCAGCAACUAAGGGCAUUAAAGACACCUUCAAGAUAAAGUUCAAGAAGAACAAAGAUACAGAAGAGCUGGUAGGGAAGGAGAGCAGAAGUGGGCAGAGGAAUGUGAUGGAAGUGUUCAGAGAAGAGGAGGAAGACACAUUCUCCCAGGACUUCAAAGAGAAGCUCCAUUUCUCAGCAAAGGAGGACGGAGGUGUGCAGCACGAGUCCAUUCUUAACCGUCCGGGUCUAGGCAAUAUUGUUUUUAGAAGGAACAGAAUAUUAAGUCCCGAAGACCUCUCAGACAGCAAGAGGGUGUUGGGAUUUCAGAUGCACAGUGAAUUGCUUCAGAGACAAGGAGCAGCAGAGGCUGAGGAAGCUGAGGCUAACAAAGAGGGAGUGGAAAACAGCCAUGAAGAUGAUUUGCCUUGGGAUGAGGAUGAAGUGGAGUGGGAGGAAGAUGUGGUUGACGCUACUCCUCUGGAAGUAUUUUUGCAGUCCCACCACCUGGAAGAAUUCCUUCCCAUUUUCAUGAGAGAGCAGAUUGAUCUAGAAGCUCUGUUACUUUGCUCUGAUGAGGAUCUUCAGAGUAUACAAAUGCAGCUUGGUCCCAGGAAGAAAGUUCUUAAUGCUAUAAAUGGAAGGAAGCAGGUGCUACAACAGCCUGGGCAACUGAUUGACACCAGCCUCUGAUGGAUUAUUGGGUCCACAGGGUGAACCUGCAGCAAUGGGGCAAUGCUGUGGCCCACUGGAAACCCUCCAGUCAACACCCUCUCUAUGCCCAAUGCCAGGCCACUGGGAAUUGUUCCUAGGGUUUUGGAAAUGCGCUCCUAAGAAAGAGGCCCAGACUGUAGUCUGAGAAAUAUUCUGUACCUGUCCAAAAAACCACCAGUGACCAACUCAAAGAGAUCUGGGAAUACAAAAAUGCAAUUUUCUCUCUAACUAUCUUUUUGAUAUUUUUGAAUAUAGAAAGGGUUAAAUGAAUGGCAGACAAGGGAAAAUCUCUUUAAUUUUCCAACUCUGAACUUAAAAAUUAUAAUCUCUUGUCACACAAGCAUGCUGCUUACUUUCUCAUCCUUAGAGCCUGGGGAUUCCAACUCCAGUUCUGUCCUGAGCUCUAUGACUUUGUCUGUUGGAAGAGAUUUGAGUUCUUCCGUUGGCCUGAGGCUUCAUGUCCAACUUAAAUGUGUUUAACCCCUCAACAGAUGUUUACAUGUUUAUAAGUAAUGGAAAUGGGUUUAUAAUAUUCCUGCCUGGGAACAGAGGCAGAGCAGCAUGUAGGGAGAGUGAAGAAAGAAAUAGAAUACCAGGUACCUGAUGUAAUAUGAAUCGUAUCUCCCUAAAAUUUGUAUGUUGAAGCUUUAUGCCUCAACAUAACUGUAUUUGGAGAUCAGACCAUUAGGGAUGUGAUUAAAGUUAAAUGAUGUCAUAAGGGACACAGAUGGAUGGUGUCCUUAUAAGAAGAAGAGACACUCAGGGUUGCACACACACACAGAAGAGGCCACAUGGGGACACAGCAAGAAAACAGUCAUCUGCAAGCCAAAGACAGAUGCUUCAGAAAAACCAAACCUUCCAAUACUUUGAUCUUGCACUUCCAGUCUUCAGAGCUGUAAGAAAAUAAAUUUCUGUUGUUUAAACCAC